UAAUCAGAAAGAAUUGUGGUCUCUUUUUUGAGGAUUUUUUCAUCAAUUUUUGAGAAUAUGACAUCUUAACAUCAUCCAGAGUACUUCUCAAAUAGCUUAAAGUCGAAGACAAGGAAGACAAGGAAGACCAUAGUUCGAACAUUCGUUCAGUCGAUUCGAGCUCCAAUAUGGCGGAUACUCCUCUUGGCGGUAGUCAAGGGUCUGAAACUGCAUCAGAACCUGGAAUAAAAAGUCCGGAGCAUUCUAUGUCUCCGGAAAGUGUUACUGACACAACACCAACAACCCAACCAAAGUCUCAGCCUCCAAAAAGACGCGGAAAAGGUAAAGCUUAUACCCAAUGUAUUUUAGGGAAGCAUCAGCUUAGGGUUGAUUCUUGUCUAAAUCAUGAACUAGGACUAGGGACUUAGGCAGCCUUUGCACAGCUGGUAACUUUAGAACCAGUGUUAGGUUUCGUGUCUAUUUGUUUUUACAUAUGUCAAGUAAAAUGACUUGAAGCUAGUAAAUUGUAAAUCUACAGCAUGAGUGUAAGAGUACUGUGUACGGUAAUAAAUAUAGAUUGGUAGGGGAACUCAGGGUAUAGUUCUCAUAUGCACUCAAGGCGAGUACUUUAGAGCAUACAUGUAGCAGUCGGAUCAGCUUAGCAAAUCUUUCCCUCCUACCUGCCUCAUCUAUUUUGUUAUGUUUUAUGACAGCCCUUGUAUUUUGUUUAAUAGUAUUGUAGUGUCUUGUCUAGUUUUAUCUUUGGAGUGUUAGCUUUUCUUUCCAUUUUGAUGUUGUAUCAGAUAACGAUAAUUCAGUAUCCUUUACUGAGGACCUAAAAUCUGGAAUUCGUUGCCUAUUUCACCAAUUAGCUCUCCUUCUAUGUUUGUUUUUUAAAAAAAUUUAAAGAAUUAUCUCACUGAUAGCCGAGCUGUUGCUUAAUUUUCUGAUCUGGCUCACUCUGCACUCAGCCAUGAAUUUAGUUCAUUAGGUGGUUGAAGGAAGCCUGUUGAUAUAAGCUUCAAGCUUCGUUAGGCUUCCUUGUCACAUUGAUUUUAUAAUUUAAUUAACAACUUUUGUUCAUGUUGUAUAAGGUUUUGUGAGUGACAAAAUAAAUAAAUAAAUAAAUAAAUAAAACGUUUUUACAGAUAUUAAUAAAGGCUGCCUUAGUCCCAAUUUUGCAUGUUGGUUGUAUGGUUUAGACUAUAAACUUAAGCUUUAAUACAUGUAGAUUGUAAAGUUAUCAGAUUGUAGGUAUCCAUGGCCACAGCCAGAUCGUUCCACAAUUUAGUCAGUACUUUUCACAAGUCUUUAAGCUACGAAAAAAACGAGGGCGUUACUUAUGUGUAUGACUGUAUACCUCGUUCUUUAAGCUGCAGAUAAAAAGCAUAAAAAGCAUUUUACACUGAAACUGUGGAAUGUUGUGGGUAUGAUCUGGCUCAGAACAAUCUGACCAUGGAACAAAGUGACCGUAAAACAGAUUGUCUAUAGCCAAUAUAUCAGAACUUCACUUCUGGAAUCAAUUUGAUUUGAAUGAUACAACCUAAAAAACUUUCUGCCUUCUAUUUAGCCCCCGAUUUACCUGUUCAUGAAAGAAGGAAUUGGCUAAUACACCUACAUUACAUAAGGAAAGAAUACAGUCGAUGUAAGGUGAGUUGUAAACGACGUUUUUUUAUGAUCCAUACAGUAUUCCAAGGGUAUUAAAGUUUUCAUGUUGUUGCAUCAGCAAUUAACCAUCGUUAUUCUUUCAGGCUCUCGUAAGUGACCAACUUCAGGAAACCCAAGGAAUGUGUGAAUAUGCCCUGUAUGUACAAGGUACACGUAAAGGAACAAUCUGGGGAUAUUGAGGGGGACGGGGGAGGGGGGCAGAAAAUUAGUUCUUGCAAUUGUGGAUUUCAAAAUAAAUGACAGAUCCAGACAUACACACAAAUCCAUUUUUAGGUUUGCUCAUGUUGACAAAUCUGGAAAGGUCCAGAUUUUCUGUUGAUCAAUGUACCCCUUACAUGUAAGUGUACAUUGCAUUGUACUCUACUGUUAACUGCUCUUUUUUUUCUUCUAUUGUGAAAAAUUGUCUUCGAGAGUGGCUGGACUACUAAAUACCAUUCAGAAAUUCAAUACAUGCAUGCAUGUACAUGUAUAUAGGUACAAUGUAUGUGUAAUGACAGCAACCUUUUAAAGAACAGAACAAGAAAAUGUGAUAUUUUAAGAUUUUCCUUUGCUGUUUUAUUCCUUUUAUUUUAUGUAGCAUUAAUUCUGCGUCAGGAAGGACAAAUUCAAGAAUCAUUAGAUCUCUUCCAAAGGACUGUGCAAAUCAACCCCCAAAGUGCUGACAAUCUAAAGCAAGUGGCAAGAUCUCUGUAAGUCUUCACAGCUUUGUUAAAUGUCUAAUUGCUCCCUAGUAAUAAUUAUUGUUUUGGUUUUCUCAAUCUUUCAUGCAUGUAAAUUGAACAAUUAAGUACUUUGUAAGUUCCAGAUACACGCACUGUUGAUAAUCCAUUGACAGAUUAGCCUUGCUAAUGGCAAUCAUGUCAUUCAAGAUAGAGAAAAUGAAGCAUGCAAUCCAGCCUCUAGUUUCCCUGCAGAAACCUGUAUGGAUGCGAGAAAUUUUGGUCAUUCAUGAUGUCGGUGUACACCCAUCCAACCCUCUGCCUGUUUAGACCCAGGUGAAAGGGAAGGGGGUGGGGGAGGGGUGUAUGGAAGAUGUAACGAGAAUCCCAGAUAUGCAGCUUGCAUUUGUGGUGGCUGGGUUUUACGGAUUUUCAUGGCACUUGGUUUUCAUAAUGUCAGGACUUCUGCAUGGAGAUGUAUUUUUGACAAGUUGAAGAUUAAAACAACCACGUGAAAUAAUUGAGAGUGAUCACAAGCCUCGAGUUAUAGCUUUCUCAAACUGAUCAUUGGGAAUAAUUCAUAAAGAAAUACAAAAGAAAUGCAUGUUUUCACGAGUGUCUGGAAAUCAGAUCAAAACCUGUUUAUUGCAUCUUUACAUGAAUGUUUCUUCUAAACAUUAAUCCUUUUACAGUGUACUUACAUGUAAAGAGUAAUAUGUAUGAAAUGCAUUCGAGUUUCAAGGUGUUUGAAAUUGCAAUGAGAUAUUAACCCAUCAAGAUUUUGAUGGGUUAUCUCACUUUAAUAUCAAGCACCUUGAAACUUGACUGCAGUUCAUACUUUCAGCCAUACAUGUAGCUCUUCUAUAAAGUGUUUAAUAUAUAGUGAUGAAACACAGUCUCUUGUUUGAUAUAUUACAUGUACUUUGAGUAACUUUUACAUUAACUCUCUAUGCCAUGUUAAUAUUAACAACUUAGUUAACUUCUUUAGCUUCCUUCUUGCUCGUCACAAAGCUGCUCUUGAAGUGUACAAUGAGGCUGCAAAAUUAAGCACCAAAGACUGGGUAUGUAUGUAGUGUUUGUAAUACACAUUAUUCAACUUUUUGGUGAGCUGUCAUUUAGAUUCAAAACAAAUGUAGGACACCAAAACAAGCCCAGAUAAAGUGGGUCUUGACAAACUGUGAGCCAGCGAGCCAGCGAGUCAUGUGAGUCAUGCGAGUCAUCAUGUGAGCCAUGCGAGACAGAUGUUAGUUCCCAGUCCAUUUUCCUUUCUUCGGCUUUUGGCUAUUUGGCACAAGUUUUUGCUAUCCUCGCUCUCCUUUCAAUAUCGUUUUGUUAUCUGCCUUCAUCUUUUUCAACUUUUGUCAAGGUAAGUUUUUUUUUUUUUUGUUGUCAUUAAUUUUUGAGAAAGUUCAGCUGCAAUUCUUGAAGCUGCUGAAAUCAAGCGCCAAGUUCUUGGUUACAAAAAAAGUCGGGGAGGGUCCCACUGCAGCUGAUCGGGAAGAAAAAGAGCAAAAUGAACUCCUUGCAGGUCGAGAUGCAUGCGCUUCUGCAGUUCAGUAUAUAGCAGAAAAUGCAGAGUCAUUGACUGGGAAGGUAGAUUUUUCAACUGAUGGAGAAGCUGCUCGUUACUUAGUUACAGAGGCUAGUUUUUUUGUAGUUUACGUUAAAAACAAAGUUAUUUUAUGCUGACUCACAUGGCUUGCUUGUUGAUUCGCAUGGCUCGCAUGCCUUGCAUAUUAUACACACUCAGCUAAAGUCAGCGACAAAAUUAUUGAGCCAUUGUUCUCAAAUAGGGUAACUUCAGGGAACAAAAGAAUCCAGCCCGUCCCCCCCCCUCUGUCCCAUCCAUUCAAAGUUGAAGUGUUUGUUGUGUUCUAUAUGUAGCUCAAACAGUUGCACAACAUUGCAUGGAGUGGAUGGGGGAGGAAAAGCUAUAUUUUCCCCUUUUGAAGUCAGUGAAAUGAAAAAAGCCCAGUUUUGGGUGAAGUGUCUCAACUCAUUUUGUUGCCGAUUGCGAUUGUGGGUCUGAAUAGAGGCACAUGAAAUUAUUCCCUAAUUUUACUUGGACCUUUUGCUUAUACACUUGCUAAUUAUUGUGUUUGAAAAGAUUUAACUAAAGUUUCAUUUUUUUGCAAUAUUUCAUUUUAGGAAAUCUACCAUAAUCAAGGUAAGACUAAGAUUGUUUGUUGAUCGAUUUGAUAUUGUUAAUGUUGUUGUUUUUGUUACGUGUACAUGUAGUAGGUAAUAAUUAUUGACUGAUAAUUUUGUGUUAUCAAGCAUGCAAAAAAAGUAGUGUUUGGUAGCCUGGGGUUAGUGGAUUUUGUGACAACAGGCUAGUGAAUUCUGUUCUUAACUUGUCUGACAGGCAAGUGAACUUUCGUAGAAUUCAAAUUACAGAUUAAAGUUCUAUGUGGCAAAUAAUUAUUGUUGAAAUUCAAUAAAUUCAUGUGGAUUAAAAAGUGGUUUUAAGAUGAUCAGAGAAAGUGAAAUUGUUAAUUUUCUAUUUUUUUUUUGUGCCAUGAAUUUAUUUGGCAAGUAAUUAACUAACUAAUGGUGUAAUCAGUAAAUUAACUAUUAAUCCUGCAUGUCAAAAUUGUUUUCUGGCUAGUUAAAAUGACUCUUUUGCUAGUACAUGCUUGCUACAUCUUGUCUGAAUGGCAAGCUUAAAGCUGACUUUCUUUGCACUAUGGUUGUCUUAAGUACAUGCAGAGGAAGGUAUCAAGUUUAUGCAAGAGAUGAUCAAGAAUACCCUCCUUUGGACUUGGUCGAUUUAACAACUCCUUUAUCUACAUAAUUCCUCAUACAGUGUAUCAUACUCAGCCUCAUCCAAUAACAAUUGAUAAGUAUGAAAAAAGUGUAGCAAGUCAGUGGUUGAGUUGAUGUUACCAGUACUUGUCUGUAUGACACCCAAUCUUUAAUUACAUUGCAUACUGUGCCACUUUAUUGAAUGUCAAGAAUUUGUUUCUCAAUAUUAUUGGUCCUUUAUUAGGUGUUUGCUAUAUGUAUCUAAAGGAUUUUGAAAAGGUGGGUACUGAUACAAUUAUUAUUUUGACUAACUCCACACACUAAAACAAGAGAAAUAAAACAAAUUAUGCUCAUGUAAAUUAUCCCCAGGACACUGCAACACCCAUAGCCCGACAAAACAAUGGACAUUUUGCAAUGUCAUUAGACUUUCUAUUAAAAAGUCCUUAAUUUUUUUUCCUGGAUGGUUAUGCCAUUGUAAAGGACUUUUCAUACCUGUUUGGCGCGAAAUUCACCGGUCGAAAAUUCUACUGGUGACAUUUUGACAAUUGACCAAUAGGACAGUGAGUGAUGAACUAUUUACACCACUCCCAACACAGCAUACAGUGUAUGUCAAUCAUUUUUUUUCCAGCGUGAGUUUAUAAUAUAAUUCAAAUCAUUCAGGCAAAAAUAACGAGUCGACCUUGAGACUUCAUCGCUCGCUCAGUGGCUGCGUUACCUCAUGCGUUCAAAGUUCGCUUUGCACACUUUUAAGAACUUUAAUAUGAGAGGUUGACUUGUAGACUUGCAGUGUCACCAGUGAUUCCCUGCAUAGGAUCAAUUGCAGGGAAACUGCUGGUGACGUUGCAAAUUUCUGCCUCUUGUCUCAGGCUACAACACAAACUGGCACCAAUAAUUUAAGUGUGAAUUUUUUAUAUUAAAUUGAAUUUAAUAACUACAUGUAAUUGGCAGGUUCAAAUAAUUGACAUAUAUAGUAUUGAAAAAAUUCAUGAAUACUUCAUACAUAAUAUUACAAUAUGUCUCUGUGCAGCAAAGGGUAUUGUCCAGUACAAGUAUCCCAAAGGAAAACGAGGUGCCCACAUAAAAAAAUUCUAGUCGCGCGAGUAUUUUCACUACAAAGGCAAGUUAUAUAUCAAGUUAAAGCUAAAAGACUAAAUUACCUUAUAAAAGAUUUUAUUUUAUCGAAUUUCAAAAGGCGCUUAAGUUUUUUGCUCUCAAACUCAGGGGUAUCAAGUUUACUGCUGAAGCUCCAGCCCUUUCGCGUUGUAAAUAUUCACUUCCUUUUUAUUGCAUCUGAUUGACAGAUAAAAGACCUAAAAAAGGGUAAGAGGAAAUUUGCAUAUGUUUCGUAUUAGCGGAAUUAUUGCAUUUCAAACUAAAAAGUCGAAUCUUGAGCGCGAUUUAUGCAAAGAAACUGACAUAAAAUGAGUUACAAAGGGAAAUCGGAAAAUUCCUCACACCCUUUUUGAGUCUAUAUCAUUAUCCAUCAUAUCUGAAAGUUUCAAAGCGAUAGCUUAAAACCUGUCCCAACUGGAGGUCGGAGAAUUUUGAUUUUUGGGCCUAAAAUAGAGUGAGAGAAAAUCAGCUCUAAAGAUUAUUUUAGCGCGAGGUCCAUGCUUGGCUGGUUAGCUCAGAAAAGGCUCAUUUUAGAGGGGUUAAAAAGCACUUUCUGGUUUUCUUUUUCUGCCAAAAUAAAAUUUAGGACCCACUCAUGCCAAAAAUAAAAAAAAAAACAAAAUCGAGCAAUGUACUAAAAUUUUCAGUUACCAAGACCUUAAUAUUCACUGUCAUUGUAGGCUAAAGAUUGCCUGAAGCAUGCUUUGCAGUACCACCGCCAUGAUGCUUCUUUCAUUCAGCUUGGGAAAGUUCUCCUCUUAGAGGGCGACACGGAAUCAGCCAUUGAUAUUUUCAAAAGAGCAAUAGAGUAAGUUCCAGUUCAUAUAAUUUAUGCUGAUAAUGUACGGUGUUCAUAAUAAAUUUUAUAUACAUACUAUAAGUGGGGAUCACGUGUAAGUGAAACACAUGCAAAAAUAUGAGUGCGUGGUUUGUUCCUCCCAUUUUAUUGUCAUGUUUGGGCUUUCUCCAUUUCGUGGACGCGACUAUCUCAGAACCUGGAACAGGCUAAUAUGACAUGAGAAGGGGUACUUCUUCCACGACUUACAAUGUACUUCAUUCAAAUUCCAAAGAGUUUGCAAAACUAUAGCUGCACAUUCAAAUGGAUGCAAUAAUGGUCCCAGAAAUAUCUAUACCCACUUUACGAAGGAGGUGGGGCAGUGAAUGGUAAUUCAGUGGGUGAAAGCCCAUACCUUUAUAGGACAGUGGAUGGUGGAGCCAUUUAUAAGUACCAAAGGCCCAGUGAUCAGUAGUACUACUUCUCCUUAAACUGCAAGAAGAUUUUAGCCAAUUAUUUUGUUAGUAUCUUUGUUUUUCAUUAACAAUUUGAGCUUUUGCUGUAUCUGCAGAUUUUCACCUGAAAACCCUGACUUAAUGACUACACUGGGUCUUCUUUACCUUCAGGUAAAUAAAUGGUACUGUACAGUGUACAUGAGAGAGCUUGAUACUAUUAUUAUUAUUAUUAUUAUUGUUAUUGUUUCCCUUAAACUACACUGUACUGUUUCUUGCAUUGCAAGAUAAAUAUUAAAUAAUUUUGUUUUUUCACUGUCUACAUGCAUCUUUCAGCUGGGACAGACCUCAAAAGCUUUUGAGCAUCUUGGGAAUGCCUUGACUUACGACCCAAGUAAUGUGAAGGUACAGAUAUAAGCCUACAUUGUAAAAUAAACUGUUUCCUCACAAUUAGGUCUAUACAUGUACUGUAGUUAAGAUUAGUUUUUGAGUCCACUUGCAAAGUUUUUUCUAAAAGCAGUUAGUAAAUAGGCCACUUGCGAGUAACUUGCCCCAAGCCUCUUUGUACAUAAUAAUGCAGAGAAGACAAUGGGUCAGUUAUUAUUUAAACUACUUCUAACUUAGACUGCGGCUUAUGAAAUCUUUGAACCUUCGGAUCUCUUUCUUAGUGGGUUAUGCUAAGAGGGCAAAUGCUUUUCUGGUCUAUAUUAUAUGCAUUAAUGAAACUGUUCACGAUAGAUGGUGUUUACAUAAAAGUGUUUGGCGAACUGAUAGUGGAUUAGAACGCGGUUUUGUUAAACACUGGCCAAACUCCGUUUAAAUAACUGGCCCAAUGAGUUGAGGGAAAACCUAGUCAUGCACGUGGAAAACUAAGAAUAACCAUUUUCCCGAAAGUGAGAUUCUAAAUCUCUCGUAUCAUGGGUAAACAAAAAGGCGAUGCUUAAGGGUCCUCUUAUUUUUAGCGGUAUUGUAGUUCACCUGGAACAGUCAUCAUCUGGCCUCAGUUGCUUAAUGUGGAUAAUGCUGUCCACCGGAUAGCCUGCUAGUGUCCUCGAGAUUUCUUCCUUCGCCCUAAAAAACAAAUCAGUGCCUGCUACGCAGUAGAGAACGCAAUUAGUCUCCCUAAUACAGCUAUUUCGAGAAAGGUUGUCGGAAAAAGUGCCCGCGACAAUCCCGAAAGGUAUGGUGGGUGUUUUUGAGUUCACUGUUCUUCGAAGAAAUUUGAAAGAAUGGCACAAGAAGCCAUGGACCUAUGUUUGCGAGUGCAAAAGGAAAACAACAAAAGUAAGUUCGACAGCUACAGUGUCAGGAACAGCGUAUUGAUCAUAACUCAUAUUACCGUUCGGUUUUGUCGCGUGCACAUUUUUUGCGACAACCUUUCUCGAAAGAGCUGUAUAUUUAUCUGCUGGAUGGCGCUAUCCAACGUUUUAACAACCAUGGUCUGGCUGGCAAACCUGAGGCUGACUGUGCACUCAUUUUACCACCUCUUCUCUCCACCAGUCCUCCGUUUUACAGGUAUUUAAAUCUUCAUGGAAAGGAAAUAAGUGAAACAAGGAUUUGAGCUCACACCUGGGAAUCGAAUUUGCGUACAGAUGGCCAAAUGUGCCAGUCCUUGUUUCUUGGUUUCCGGUUCAUUGUUUCUUUGAGAAAAAGGCUGAUAGAGUUUGCUUUUCCAAUUCCAGGCUAUUCUAGGAGCAGGUUCUAUUAUUCAGUCACAUGGUGAUUACGAUGUUGCUUUGACAAAGUACAGGAUCGCCGCCUCCGCCACACCCGAGUCACCUCACUUGUGGAGCAACAUUGGCAUGUGCUUCUUUGGAAAAAAGAAAUACGUGGCGGUAAGUGAACCUAGUGCUGAGUGGCCUUAGCUCCCACAAGUCUUUUGUAGCUUAGUAGGGAGCUUAAGCAUCGACGACAGCGACGGCUACGAAAACGUCGCUUAAAAAGUGAAGUUGCGUUGCCUAAAACUUCAUCGCGCCUAUUCCAUCUUGUUUAGUCCGUCAAAUGUUGGCAAAUUUCUUUGGAGUUGAAUUCUACAAGGAUUGUAUCAAAGUUCAGGAAAAGAAACAGAAAAUUGUUGUUUUGUGUUCCCGUCCUCGACAGAACAUGAAAUUAGGCACUUUCACGUUGAAGUCGUGCAACGAUAGCUAAGAAAUGUACAAAAAAGCGUGAUGCACGUGCAAAGUUGUUGUUUAGCCAAUCUAAACUUAUUGCUUUUUUGCCGUUAUCGUUGACGUCGCCGUCGUCGUUGUCCCAAGAGUGACUGGUUCAACAUCAAGUUUCUCCUUACAAUAUCAAUACAUUAUCAAAAGAAAAGGUUAUGAGAUUUAAUAAAAUGAUCAACUCAGGGAAAAUGCUUUGAUCCUUUAUCAAAUUCUCUCAACUGAGUCUUUAAGAAGUUUUUUGAGAUCAGUGUGGAGAAUUGGUAUGUUGAUACUGGGGCUUUAUAAAGGGUUGAGCUCCCUAAUGUUAAGGUGAUGUUACACGGGACGACUCGCAACGACGAUAUUUAACGCAACACAUCGUUGCAAUAUUGGAACAAUGUUGUAAAUAUUCGAAACAAUGUCGCAACAAUGUUGCUGUGUUGUGUUAAAAAUCGUCGUUGCGAAUCGUUUCGUGUAACAUCACCUUUAGAGCAUCUGGACUGGUAACCGGACGGUCAUAGGUUUAACUCCUGUUGGGAGUUUUUGGGAUUUUUUCCUCCAAGCCGCCUGUGUCUUUGAUUGAAUAAUCAUCUUUCUCAUGUAUUCACCAGACUUAGAAAUUCACCAUCAUAUUACUAUCAUUACGUGUCAGUAAGUUUGAACAAGUAACGAUUUUUAUUAUAUAGCUGAAUCCGCGUGGGGGCAGGAUAAAGCAAAUCCUGUCUUCAGAUUGGUCGGUCUGAUUGGCUACCCGAGGGGGCUAGAUGGGCCUACAUUGCUCACUGGGGAUUUCACGAGUUGGUACAGAACGAAAAAGGUCUCUAUGUGGCCAUAUGAUUAGUCCUUCAUUGAACACGCUUGUUUAGUCAAAAUGGUUGGAUAGUGGCCUCGUUCUUGGCCAUUAUCUGAGAUUCAUCUUGACCUCUGGCUUGAUAAGUAAGUCCAUAAACUAGAUAUUAAAUAUGAGAUUGUUCUGUAACACCAGCACUGUGUAGGAGAUAACUUGACUGCAUCUGUAGUCUACACGAAGCUCGUUCCACCAUAUUAUGAGCUGUGUAGCUUCUGAAAUACAGUCUGUAACUGGCAUACAAAUUGUACCAUGCCUCUUUGAAGCUACCCUUCUCCUCUAAAAUCAGUAACAUGGAAAAAGUAAUAGCUUUUUUGUCAUCAUUUCAAACAUGACCCAAAACACAAGCUCUUUGUGACAGGAGAGGGGAAGGGGUUAAGAGGGAAGUUAGUCAAGGUAAUAGUUUAAAGGAUUGCUUUGUAAACGUUUGCCGAACUAAUUGUGUAAUUUUUUUAAAAUUUUGAAACUGCGUGGCGAUCUGUUCCAACUGACUUUUUUAUGAUUAUUUUCUAGGCCAUCAGUUGUCUCAAACGUGCUACAUACAUGGCACCAUUUGAAUGGAAAAUUCUCUACAACUUGGGAAUCAUUCACCUCACAAUGCAACAGUAUCCUUUGAAAGUACUGAGUGUCAUACCGUUUUUUUUUUUUACUGAUAAGUUAGGUUUGAAGCUACAAUCGGCGACAAAAUGAGUUGAGACGCUUCACCCAAAACUGGGCUUUUUUACGUUUUAUUAACUUCAAAAGGAGGAAAUAUAGCUUUCCUCCCCCAUCCCCUCCGUGCAAUGUUGUGCCCUUGUUCUAGCUACCUGUAGAAAACAACAAACACCCCAACUUUGAAUGGAGGGGACAGGGGAGGGGUGCGGAUUCUUUUGUUCUCCGAAAUUACCCUAUUUAAGUACAAUGUCUCAACAAUUUAGUCGCCGAUUGUAGUCACGUGCAAUCAAACCCCGCUAUACGGACACCUCGUUAUUACAUGUUGGUAGUUCUCUUUCAUCGCGUUGAACACACACACCCAUUAAUGCGGACAGCAGACACUAAUUUCUUGUUCAAGUGAGAGAUUCUCAUAGAAAAUGAAAGGGCUAUCUCACGAAGGUAUUACUGUUUUAUAUCAAUUCUUCCCUGAAGUGCCUUAUUAUCCGUGCACAAAAUGCCUCAGUAGAGCUCCGAGGAAGAUAUUGAAUACAGCCGAACCUCCGCUAACGGCAACUUUAUUGUUCGUCCCGACAGACAAAAAAAUCCAUACAUUGACUCUUGUUUAAAACCUCUCUACAACGGCCACUUUUUUCUGUCCUCAAGGUGGCCGUUGUUGUCUGGGGCAUGGCAUUAAAACUUGAAAAGGUUAGCCCGACUGCUUCGCGUUUCAAUCCAUGUCCACCCUUGCCAACCCUAGCAACAGACAACAGGAAACACUUUGAAUGCCUAAAUAUGGUCUUAUAUAACAACAAUGGACCAUUUCGUUUCUAAGUCAGUUGUUGUUUUUAAAAAUUAAUAGCAAAUAACUUGACCUAGUCACUCUUACCCUGCUAAAAUCACAUCGCUUAGUGCGUGCUGUAAUGAGCCUUACUCGUUUUAAAGGCAAAGAUUGAUUUGAUUUGAUUUGAAAGCUUCGGAUAACAGCGUGUUGAUCCAUCCCUUGGAUAGCACUAGCUACCUUUCUGGACAAGUGGGGCCAAGUGUAAGCUAACCUGAGAUCAGGCGUUUUUUUUUUUGGCUUCUUUGUUUCUUUGGCUCGAGAGGGGAAAAAAUAACGCCUGAUACAUUCAUUUAACGAGCCGUUAACCGCCCCCUAAUUUACAUAAUCUAACGUCUCCUUGACCUGUCAUGUUAUUAGCCAAUAAGCGUUUACCAUACGGGAAUCAAAUUUUGGCGCGAAUAAUGUCUCUUUUAAAAUCAAUUUUAGGGAAAAGAAAAUUUUUAAGUACGUCCAUGUUCAGAUGGCGCUUCCUAAAAGGAAUUUUAAAUGUGUUCAAAUACUGCUAGCUGGAGCUGCCAUAACUUUAUUUAAGAGCUACAAAUAAUAAAGAAUUUACUGGUUAAAGCUCGUUGACUUCGUUCUGUGCCGAAAGCAGAGAAAAAAAAAUUAGGCUGAAGCACCAUAUUUUACGAACUGAAAGGUGUUGUGAAAGCGAAGAUCGCUGAGAAUAAUUCGCAGGUUUCUGAAGGAGGAAUUACAGUCAAACAAGGUCAAGAUUCCAUUCAUGAAUUGAUUAUUUGAAAAGUGAACCCGUUUGUCGCUUCUAUAUCUUGUAGCCGGUAUCAAAUUGCAUUUAAAUGAUCGGUGAAGUUUUGACUGCAACUUUUUAGUAUACGAUGAGAUGGAAAAUAUUUCAAUGGGUGAAAUUUCUAUUUAGGCAUUCUUCAAAUUAAAGAAAACUGAGCCGGCAGAAAUUUUUAAAACGAACUCGCGUGUGUAUUCACUGCUCAUGACGCAAGCAAAAAUGCAGACUGAAAUCAACAACUAACGGAUGGCGGCAUUUUGGCCAAUUGGAACAGCGCAAAUCAUCCGUAUUGUUUCCUAUCCAAUCAGAAAAAAGUCCAGAUUCUGGCGUUUUUACAUGUGAUCCGACAGAGAAAUGUAUCAUGCCCUCUUCCCGUGAAAGACUUAAAGGGAUAAUAGGGAGAGGGCAUGAUCUCAGGCUAAGUGUAAGCCACAGUGCAGGUCUAUUUAGACAGCUAGCAGUCACUUAUUUUUCUUUUGAGUCACAGUAGGUGGAGAGCACAUGGUGGGAGUUGGGGACUAUCUCUCCCCCUUUUAAUCAUUAAUUUGCAUGAUUUUAUUUUUCCGCUCGUCGCGCGUGUCUCUGAGGAAGAGGGACGACUACUCGUGGUCUAAGGCUUUCGCAAACCUGCGAUCAGGCGGUCGUUCCUUCCCCUCCCUUUGUUCUGUUGCAGACUUAAGCGCUCCUUCGAGAAGAAAGUACGCCUAUCGCAGGUUACAAAAGUUCCCUUCCGUGCCUCUUUUGGGUUUCUCUGACUCGUCUGCACUCCAGUUGUUUUGGUUAAAUAGAAAACUGUUACCUCUUAGAAAAACGCCGAAAGAUCAGUGCCAUAAGAGGAGUCUUGAGCUUGUGCCAUCCAAUAAGAGUAGACCCAAAAAGUUUUUCCUUGACAUCAUGUUUUUCAGAUAUGCCUCUGCUUUUCAUUUUCUUAGUGCAGCGAUUACGCUCAAACCAAAACAUGGUCAUCUUUUCAUGUUGCUGGCAAGUAAGUACCCCUUUUCUCCGUGUGAACACGCGUGCAUUUAGGCAACCUCGGCUGAAGCCAGAUUAUUUCUUUCAGUAAAUUACAUGAAGAACAGCUUAGUCGAACUUUGCUUUGUUGUAACAUAAAUAAUCAGAACUUGGAUAUUUUGAACCCGAGUCAUGUGCUUCAUAACCUGCAUCCAGAAUUUUCAGCAGUUCUACAAAGUUUAGUUGGGUUCUGCUCCAGUAUCGUUACGUUAAGAGAAUAAUAUAAAAUGCGUUGUGUAAACCUCAUAAGGUGUUUAUUCUGGCUUCACCCGAUGUUAUCUAAUGCUAACCAUCUGUUAAAGUAGGGGCCUGUAGUGGUCGCGUAUUCCAUCGCCAGAGCUGGGGCCCGUUUCUCGAAAGGUUCUGGAAUAGUAGCAAAGUUCCUGGCUCACAAACCCGUCAAUUUUGCUUCGUUAACUUAUAGUUUUUAUUGCGUGCAUCAUUUUCAAAAUAAUUAUUAAAACUUUGAUUUUUAUUGCAAACACGACAAACAUAAAACAGCUCUCCGGGCCCGAAAAGUUUCGGGACUUUUGAGAAACGGGCCCCUGGGCCAACACUUCUGGCCUAGCUACUGCUUUAAAUAGCGCAGGUCUGCUGAGUGGGUAACCUGUGUUUAAACCCCGGCUAGAAAACCAACCACAUCGUGUCUUGGUAAGUUUGGUAAAACUGGCAAGAUCGUGCUGGCUGUGUUUAAGAUCAUGGGUCAAUUUAAUAAAAUUUUUAGUCUGGCCAUUUUUGUCAGACCGUAAAACAGUUGUUACACUUGUAAAUUACAGUUGAACAAGUUUUAUCUCGUCAUUGGGCGGUGACGUAAAGCCGUUAUGGUCUUGUCUCCUUCAUCCUUCUUUCAUCAGUAAACUCGAAGGGGCAACUGUUUGGAAAGAAUAAGGGGAGAUUUCCGCGAAUGUUUCUUCCUCUACCUCUGUUUCAGUUAUAGCACACAUCGUACAGUUAGCUUUUAAUACCGGCUGCCCCUUCUCUUGGGGAGAGGGGAUUAGAGAGACGCAAAAAAGUGUUCUUGAUUAGAAAUGUUGCGACACUUAAAUAAGGUCAAUUUUUACCUUGCGCUUCUUAGCCUGCGAGAGCAGACGCAUUCUUGGCGGGUGAAACAAGAGCCGAAAAAAGCGUCUGCUCUCGCAGGCUAUGUAUAUCUUUGUCUUGUAUUAUUUUUCAGUUGCUCUGACGCACUUAGACGACCAGGAAAAUGCAAGACAUGCAUAUGAACAGGCAGCAAUGUUAGACAGGUAAGUCAAGUGUAGUAACGGUCGCCGGUGAUAAAAAGUAAAACUCUUUUUGUCCGACUGGACAAAUGGAAAUGGAAAUGAUAAAAUCAAUUCCGACAGGAGCAUUUAUCCAAAGGAUAGCAUUAUCCACCUUUUGAACAACUGCAUCAUUCCGUAGGAUUCAAAAGAACUAAUUUUAUUGUGAAACGAGACAUCGAGGGCCUAUUGUCAGGAAAUUACAGUCAAACCCCGUUAGGGACUGGUCAAAAAGUAUAGGCGGGGGUGGGCUCGAGCAGAGAGGGGGUGGGUCGUGAGGUUUUGAGCCUUGUGCAAGGGGUGGGUCGGGCAAUUUUCAGCUACCCUUAGGGGGUGGGUCACCCUAUUUUAUUACAUAGAUAGGCACUAACUACUAACAAGACAGUUGACUACACUUGUUAUAUAAAACACAGCCAGCUGGAAUUAUUGCUAAAAUACUCACAAACCUGUUUUGCGAGAAAAUACAAAGGGUGACAGGCCGCACAACCUUUUUUUUUUUAUUAUUCUAACGAGCAUGUCCUUUAAUGAUUUUCCUUUUUUGUAAGGAAAUGAUUGGUGGUUCUUUAAAAAAUUUAUUGAAGUUAUGGUUGGUUUUGUAUAAGAUUCCAUUUUUUCAUUCAAGCUUCCUUUAUAGUAGACACUGAGGGCUGGUAUUGUGUCAGGAAAGGCAAUAUUUCUUUUUCCUCCUUGUUGUUUUGUUUUAUGAGUUAAGAUAGUUUAGAUAGUUUAGUUUAGAUGAGUUUAUGAGUUCUGAUAGUAGGUUUUCUAUCAAAGAUUGUGGGUAGCCUCCGUCCAUCAAGCGUUUUUUUUUAAUUUGAAUUAUUUUCCUCAAAGGUUGUUUCUGAGGAGUUUAUUCGUAGGAUUCUCAAGGCUUCUCCUUUGACAAAUCCUUUUUUAACAUUUGGAGGGUGACACGAGGUGAAAUGUGUGUGCAAGAAGGUUUCCGUUUGUUUAAAAUGUGUCUUUGCAUCAAGGAUAGAUUUUCCUUGAAUCUUGUGCCUUUGUAUACAACCGUGUCUAAAAACGCAGUCUCAGUGUCAAAUGUUUCGGCCGUGAAUUCAGUAGUUGGGUGAUGUAAGUUUGCUUGUUCAAUGAAGGCUUCCAUCGAAACGAGAAAGGUUCGGUUUUUUGAUAUUUGUCUUUUCAGUGAAAGGUAUGAUUUCUGUGAUUUUGAUUUUGGUUGUAGCAGUGUAUCAACAAAUUUUGUCAAGCACAGAACAAGGGUUUAUUGGAUUAUUUAGAGGAAACCAAACAUCCAUGUUUUAACUAGGGGGUGGGUCAUGCAAUUUCCAAUCUUGCUUUAGGGGUGGGUCAGUCAUUUUUGUGCCGAAGGGAGGGGGUGGGUCAUGUGUUUUUUAUCAACCACAUUUCCAAAUGCUCCAGCCCACCCCCCCCUAUACUUUUUGACCAGUCCCUUAAUACAACAUGUACGGACUCUGUGGGGGCCAUAGAAAGUGUCUGGGCUUUCUUUCCCCAGGGACAAAGCAAACUGUCGGAAUAAUGAGGUGUCCAUAUUAAGCGGGUGUCCGUUGAGCGAGGUUUGACUGUAAAGAAGUAACAAAAUUCAGUAAUAUAGGAGCUGCUCGUAAGGUGUUUCCUCAUUGGUCGCAGAAAACAAUAGCACAUCAUUGUUUAUCAUUACCUCCCAUUGUUUCACGGUUAGGGUAUCGAACCAAUUGGCCUUUAGGGUUAGGAGAUCUGCUACAUGACCCACAAAAUUUGCCGCCAUUAUGGGAUAAAGUUUGUGGGAUUUUGUUUAAGGUGACAAAAAGGUUUAAGGUCUAAGGUAUUACCUUUAUACAUUUAUUUUAGUGUAAAUGUUCAUUUUCAAACCUCGAAGUCGAUUAAUAAAUCGAUUCUUUUUUCUAUUUCCAGCACCGAUCCAUCGAUAAACUUGAAUUUUAGCAUCUUCCUCUACAACUCAGGGGAGCGAAAAGAAGCUGCAAAGCAAUUCAGUAUUUACGAAAAAAAGAUGGAAACCGCCAGAUCAGUUAAGGGGAGUGACAUUGACCAAGAGGUACAUGUAUUUGCAUUAGGGCCCCUUUACAUAGAGGUGGGGGACCCCAGAUAGGUGAGGUAACAUGUGGCGGGUCACCCCACCUAUCAUGUAAACGUGAUCAAAUUAAAAUGAGAGAUUAUAUGGACGGGCGGGUUACCCCACCUAAGCGAGUCACCUCACCUUCCUUGGGUCCCCCACCUCCAUGUAAACAGGCCCCUUAGUUUCCAAAGAGAAUGCCUAGCCUGCGUGUAAGCUCACUAUUUGGGGAAUCGCGGAAAGUCAUGCGAGAGCCGCACGCAAUAGAAAUCACUCGCGCCUCCCUUCGCUCGCCAUAAUUGGAGAGCUUUCUCGCAGGCUAGAGAAUGCCAUCAUGAUUAACGGGAAAACUAUUAAGCACAUGAUUGCUAACUUGCCAUUGGUCACUUUUGUAAUAACCAAUUUGACGCGUUUGACAAUUGUGGUCUGCAUGACAGUGAGAUUCAAGGCCAAGGUAAUCAGAGGCUUUUCUGUUUCUCGCUGCUAUCCAACUCGUUCAUGUGCUCCUGUCUCGCGCAUAUCGCUUAUCUCGCGCGUUAUUUUUCCAUGAGCCCGUCACACAGAACUCUGACCAUCGUGUUCGUGGUCAAACCCUGGCCAAGACGGAUUUAUCAGGAUUAUUUUUUAAUUCGGCUGCUGAUUUCAGUUAUAACUGCGACUGUUUCAUUGCAGUACUAAUACCAUAUUGAUUCGAUUAAGCGUACUGGGAACUUAAUUAUUUUUGGGCCUUGAAAGUGGGCGCUUAUACGAGGCUAAGCGCUUAUUAAAUUUUCACCAUAUUCAGUAAGAAGUGAGCCUAUUUUGCAACAAAGUAAUGAAUCAUAACAAAAUGUGGAGUUACUACCAAACCAGAAUAUUAACCGUUUACCGAACGGUUUCUAUGAGAUACUAAGAAAACUCGGCCUUCGGGAAAGUCUCCUAGUAGUACUUAGUCAACUUCAAAUUCAUUGUCACCAAAGUCAAUAAGUAGUGAGGUUUAUUAGUAAGGUAACAAGGCACUUUAGUAUUUUCUGGAGGGGUCGAGCUUUCAUAUUUGAGCCUGUGUGCGUACUUACUUUCCCAUCCACAGGAUGAGGUCGGGCGCUUAAUCGAAUAUACAGACGGUAUCUCUUAAAUUGGGGCAUGAAUGAGUAUAUUGGCAUGGUUCGCACGGGCCGUGAAAAGUCCUUGAAAAAGCAUCAUGUCCUUAAAAACUCCUUGAAAAUUGAAAAUUGUGGGACAUCCUUGAAAAGUCCUUGAAUUUUCCACAUAAGUCUUUGAAUAUUUGAAAGCUCUUUGAAUAAAACUAACCUUUGUCAAAGCAAAGUUUUUCGCGCAAAGGAAAGAUUGAAAGCACAGCAGUAGGCAAAUUUUCUUGGUGAUCAUGACAGUGUUUUCUUAUGAUUUCGGUGUUCCUGGCACAGUUCAUUUUCCGUUAUUUGAGGUACCCUAGGAACCCUGCCUCCCUGAGGGAAGGUAUUGCAAUGAGCAAACCCUACCCCAACUUCGAAUUUGAAAGGUCUUUUCGUCAUGUCAUUCUAUGUCAAAUUACAGGGGAAAGAAGUCCUUGAAAAGUUAUUUUGGUCCUUGAAAAGUCCUUGAUUUCCCCCCGCAAAUUCUGUAUGAACCAUGAUUAGGUUAGGUGCAUGAGACACUUGAGAAGAUCGCAGCAUGAAUCAACUGCCAAUCCGGACUGCAAUUUAUAAAAAUCCACUCCUCUUCCAUCCGUAAUUCAUCAGUUGGGCUAUUCGGAACAUGAGUAGCCCGGAGCUUGAAGACUGCGUUUAGCUAAAGGUGAAACUAGACUGGUCAGCUGCGACUGUGCAUGCGUUACCCAUGCCUCAGUCUUUUUGUGUGCCAGGACACUGAUAAUUUACAUUAACCUAAACGAAUCGUUUUACUCUGCUAACACAUUGGAGAGACUACAGCAAAGAAAAUAGGUAACCGAAACGGAUGUCAUCAUGCUUUUCCUUACGAAUCACUCUUUUUCAUUGUUUACUUUUUUUCCCUUUAGCUUGUUGAUGUGGCCAGCAAACUCGGCCCUUCUUUGCAAGUCGGAGAAAGUCUGGUGUGGGACGCAAGGAGUUCUGGGCAGUCGUCACGUGGGAAACAGCAGCAGCAGUCCCAGGGUCCUUCAGGGCCCGACUCUCUAGCCAGUAGCAGCACGUCCUUUCAAGAUGAUGGUUCUUUUGUUUAGAAGGAGAGCAUGCAGUUUAAGUCCCGUUCACGUACAAAUUUUAUGUGACAGUUUUUUGAGUGACAAAUCUACUUGCAGCCGUACACGACGGAAACCAUCGUUUCCAAACGUGCCAGAAAUUGCUGCGAACAUUAACAGAAGAGAUGUCGAUGACAGCCAACGCAGGGUGUUAACAACUCGCAGGGAUCUUGCUAAUGAGACUUUUCACAGGCGACAGAUUUUGUUUGACAGAAAAGCUGGGGCGUUAGCUUUCGGCCACCGAAUUUGUCUCCUAAAUUUACGGAAAUUUAAGUAGCAAAAGUGUCACAGAAGAUGUGCUCGUGUGGUACGGCUUCACAUGUUGAAUCCUGUGUCUGGCCAAUCAAACUACGAGCAGAAAAUCCAGUAAACCAAUCAGAAGUCAAAAUAAAUACAUGCAGAAUACUUUAAACAUGGGAAAACUUGUGCGAGCAGGUGACGUUCCGAUUGUUUCAACUUCAGGCGUACUGCGCAGUAACUCAGCGGACAGAGAAAACGUCGAAUAUUACCGACAAUAGUCCUUAAUCGAUCGUUGUUUUAAUGUAUUCUGCACUAAGUUAGUCUGUGAUCGGACUUCUUUCUAUUUAUGAGAGCACUUGAGGGGUGCUUAAAUCUCUCUGCUCUCAUUCUUCUUUAGCAGGUUCUGGUCGGGUCAAAUUUGAGUUGAACUGUAAAAACUUAAGUUUAAAACAAGUAAAACCUCAAAAUUUUAAAACCCAAUUAGAGCCUCUUUUUCUACAAGUUGUAUUCCCUCCUUCUUUGAGAGUUAGGGUGUGAUGAAGCUCUCCGUUUUGGAGAAGGGUAACAGGGGCCUUACGAAACUACGAAGGCGAUGGCAGCGGUAACCAAAAAAAAUCAAUAGAUUUAAUGAGCAAACAAUAACUGUGCACGUACAUCACGCUUUUUUGUACAUUUCUUUGCCGUCCCUUCACAACUACGACGUAAAAUGGCCAAAGUGUAAGUUUACUUGAGAACGGGAAUGGCAAGGUGAUGAAUUCUACCAUCUCUGUCUGAACUCGGGUGCGGUCCCCACCUAAAGUGCCUUCUUUUAAGUAACAGGGUGCCUUGGGAUAAUCGCGAAAUAGUUUCAAAGGAUGCGAAAUCUAUUUUUCAGCGACGUUUUCAUGGACGUCGCCGUUGUCGGAUCGUAAGGUCCCUACUAUAAUCGAGAGGAGACGGCGAGAAAAUAGGGAGAAGUAACCCUCACUCAAUUCGCUUCGCACGCCAAUUGUUCCCCUUUUUGCCCACUUGAUUGACUGAAUAACUUAAUUGAAUUGAAUUUAUUGUUAUUUUAAUUAUUUAUUUAACAUUUUUUACUCUUCUUCUGGAGUUUUGCUUGUGUUUUGCUCGCGUGUCGACUUGCUAAUCUGCUAGUUGCGGGUAGUGGAUAUUGCUUGCUGUAAAAUUUGCAAUAAUUAAUAAACAGUGGAAACAGUUAAUGAGCCUAGGCUAGUUCCGGGUCGGCUGGGAGGAUCGUGCUAUAUCAAAGUACCCCCCCCCCCCCCCCAAAUAGCCAGUAUAACGCCCCCAAUUGCCGGUGCUACAUAUACCCAACAGGCAGCAAAUAAGUCGCAUAAAAAUUGAAUUCGCGUUCUUUCACUCUUCAUCGCGAUUAUUUCAAAUGACUCUCGUCAGUUGUAGGCGAGCUCUUCUGGCGUUGAAUUCCUACGAACGAUAUUCAAGCUCAGGAAGAGAUCGAAAAUUUCGUCGCUGCUCGUUUACGUCCUCUUAGGAAGUUUCAAGUCGUAGUCGUUCAGGUACGGGAAGGAGAUGUACCAAGAAGCAUGCUGCACCUGCAAAAUUGUUGUUAUCAAUGACUAAUGUAACCACACCUUUAUUGCUUUUUUGACGUUUUCGUUGCUGUUGAACACUCUGUACCCCAACCUCGUUGCCAGGGUUUUCUCCCUCUCUCUUGCUUUGUAAGAGAGAACACUGGGAACGAGGUUUACUGUAUCCGCACUUUCUACUGGGAUUUAACACUUCAUGUAUUUUGGGGAGGGGCUGGGGAGUUAUAAGAUAGCACUGCUUUUCAAACUCGGCUUAGUUCUAAGACAUAUUAUUAAUUGCAUUAUAUCAUUGUUUCAGUGCCUUUUGUUAACUAUUUUAGUCUAGUUUGUAAAAGUAUACAUGUAGCUUUUUUUCUCUGUCUCGCAACCCUAACCCAAAUAGUAGGUAGGUAGGUAUUUUAUUUAUCCACAUUACACGGAUGAGUAGAAGACUAGUUUAAACGUGAACGUGCCAAAAUCACUAUAAACCUAUAAACACAGUACAUAUCUAAAGGGAAAAAAUAAUAAUAAUAAAAUAAAUAAAUAAAUUGAUAAAAUAAAAUAAAAAAUUACACGAAGAUAUAAAAAUAAAAAACAUAUACGAAAAUCAAUAACGCUAAGAGGAAAUCUAGCCAUAUGGAAUCCAUAUUAUGUACAAAAGUUAUUACACUCAACUCCGGUUGUCAAGUUGACCUCAUCCAGCAUUGACUUAAGGUGGCUCCCUAGAGUAAAUUGGCCAUGCGCAGCCUGAGCACUAGUGUGGCGCGAGCUUUAAAAUCCGCGCGACGUCCACGCAAAAAUUAAAACAAACAUGGCCUUUCAGUUUCGAAAUAUUCCCCCAAAAAACUUUAUUAACUUUCUGUUGAAGCUCAUCGUACAAAAAGUUUGAUUGGUGUAGAUCAAACAUUUAUGAGAGGAGACAAUGCCGGUUACAAGUCACUAUCGAUCUAUAUAAGAGUAAAUUGUAUGUAAAAACAAAGCAGAAAUUUUCCAAAGACAUCAAUUCUUUCGCUUCAAAAGUAGACAAACGUUAAAUAGUCGGAAGAAAAUGGUGAGAGGAAACUUUACUAAGAAAACAAAGAAGUAAGUACACUAACCCAGAAGGAAGCAAUGUGGCUCAGUUUCUGGCCUUUGGUUCACGGUCAGUGGAAAGAUCUGAAAGUUCGAGCCAACUCCCGAACAAACACUGAAGAUUGUUUUCACUGGCGGAGCUCCUCGGUCACUUUAUUUCUCUUACAUUUGAUUUGAUUUAAGAAAUUCUAAAAGUGGCUUUAAGACAAGAAUACAGGGAUUGUAAAUUUUUUUUGUUUUGCCGAUUGUAUCACAUUGCUUAAAAGACUUAUCAGAAAAAGGUUUCCCACUUAACUUGCCUCCCAAUCGCCGGAACCUUCCCAUUGACGAACCAACAUCCUUGUAUUUUUUCUUGUUUCUACGUCCUUCAACGCACAUGUAAGAUGCACUAGAAAAUGUUUUUGCACAACGAGAAAUAAUUUUACUCGCAGAUUGACCCUUGACGAAAGCAAUAGUCGUCCGUCGAGACCUACGUGUAGCUGAGGACAUGAUUGACGAUUUAUAGAUCGGCACCAUCUUUUACAGCAGACUUUUAAGGAAAAACUUCGCCGUCGAAAUUAUCCCAAAAGAAGAACAAGGUUGAAAAAGUAUCCGGAAGUGGGCUGACAUUUGGCGAUCUGCAAACAGUAUACAGCAGAUUAGGAAAUGAAGGGCUCAUUGCGAUCCUUGCACAACCACCGUCUUCAUCUUCGACGAUCGCCAUCCUCACGAGUGACCACCACGGUUCGAAUUUUAGCUACAAUAGUCGAGUACUUCGAAGAAAACAUUCAGUGUUAGGUACAAAAUUUAAUCUGGUAUCUCUCCUUUUUCAACUGGCGAGAUAUCAUCGUAAUAAUACUAAUAAACGGCUUCAAAACAAUGGCUUUCGUACUUUUCAAAGAAACCACCUGUUUUCAGUAGCUUUGUGCAUUAUGCGCAUGCGGGAGUGAUGGCUCGCGCGCGUAUUUUGCUCAUACGACCCCGAACCACGCGUGUUUUUCGGAUUUUUGUGACCUCAACGUAGUUAAUUAACCGUGAAUUUCUCGCGUUUCCUUCGGUAAAUUUUGUUAAAAAUCGCCUCAUUUCUUAACAGUUGAGGUAACUUUGUACUGCCCUUUUCUUGUCAAAAUCUGUAAGAGCUAAACUCCUCCAUUAAGAAAAAUUACAAAUUUCAAAAUAAUGGCAAAACCGUCUUAACGACCCCAUGUUUUUUCCACUUUAAAAUGUUAAGCAAUAUCGUUGAUAUAAAGUGGCAAAGUUUAAAGACAUUUCACUGGGGGAAAUAAGAAAUAUUAAGAAAAAAUGAUCAAAAAUGACAAAAUUACUACCUGCCUAAGGAUGCGAUUUUGCCAUGACAACGGCCUUAGUCCAGACAAUGAAACUUGAUAAAGGUACGAAUCUUGCAGUGAUGCAAUGAUAUGACCUAUGCAUGAAUCUACUGUUAUAGGUAGGCUGAUUUAGCUUGCAGAAGCCUCUGAGGUCAUAUUCAUUAUUACGAAAUAAGACCAUCUCUUUAAUAUUAUUCGACCCCAUAUUGUAUAAGCAUUUGUAAAAAAGGGAGAGAGCAUGAGAAAAUCUACGAUGCUCUAGGGUCUUUAGUCCAACAUAGGUAAGUAGGUCGCUAUAUGAGGUUGACUUAGCCAUGUUCAAAAGAGUGCUCCAGUUUAUUAGAAAGACCAGAUGAUAACCCAACUAAGACUGGAGCACAGUACUCUAGGUGUGGCAAAAUAAAGGCCUUGUAAAUAUUAACCAUCACUUCUGAAGGUAUGAAUUUACGAACUCUCCUAAGAGCACUGAGUUUAACAUUAACCUUAUUACAUACAGAUUUAAUAUGGGCUUUAAAAGAUAGGGAGCUGUCAAUGUUUAGACCUAGUAACUUCAUAUCGUGUACCACCUCCAAGGGUGGCCUAGUACGGUCAGCAAACAAUUCGUAGUAUGGCGGAUUGUCACCCAAUGGUAAUACUUUAGUUUUAGAUUCGUUUAUACUUUAGUACUUACACGUGAACCAUAUCAUGACUUAAGCACAUGGAACUUGCUGUGAGAUCUUGACUCUAACACAUCUUGAUUAGGGUGUGAUAGAUACAGUGUCGUAUCCUCAACAUAACGCCUUAGCUUAGCAUCGUCGACAGAAUAAGUGAGAUCAUUAAUGAAUAGGUUGAAUAGAAGAGGUCCCAAUAUUGAUCCUUGAGGAACGCCGUGUUGGAUUGUUUUCCAGUCUGAUCAGGUGUUUCCGAUCUACAAUAUCAAUAGUGUUUCCGAUCAAUAUCAAUAGUGUUUCCGAUCUACAAUCACCAAUAGUUGGUGUUAAGAAAUAAAAAAAAAAAGAGAGAAUCAAACUGGUUGAACUAGUUGAAACCAUUUUGACUUGACUUUCAUAUUGAACUCCAGUACAUCGUGUACAAAACCAAUGCUAAGCCAAUCAUUCAAAUCAUUCAAGAACCUUCCAUUAUUGAUAAUUCACAAAAAAAUGCCGACACACCAGACCAGAAGACUGUUCAGCUUGGCUCAUUUUCCCAACAUCCCGCACGGUACCUAGAAACACUUCUUCAAGAACUGAAUGAGUGUCACGUUUGUUACGUCAACCAAUAGAUUUACAGUCGCGUUUACGGCAAACGCAAACGGCAAACGUCAGAUUAAAGUUGAGAAUUUCUAAAAAAAAAAAAAAAAAAAAAGAGAAUAAGCAGAUAAAAGCUGCCCAGAACAAUUCUUAUGGAUAAAACUGGCUUGAAAACCACUCAUUUUUGUGUAGAAGUAAUUUACAGUCAACGACAACUAAAGGGAAAACUUAGUCAUGUGGUUCAAAUUGGCUUUAACGUGACUCUGAAUCUAUAAAAAUGAAUAAUUUUUGGAGAGUUUGUCAAUUUUAAACAGUUAUUGGACGGUUUGUGUGAUAUCCGGACUAAUCACGGUCGAGCUAAGUGUCAUCAGCCGAACCGGAUGUCGAGGCUGAUAACACUUACCAAGACCUUGUUGAUUUUUGCGGAUACCAGAAAAGCCAAAUCUAAUAUAAUUGUUUUAUUAUACAAGAAAAUAGCGACAGACACACCGUCGCAAGAAACCGUAUUGACAUUGUUCUUGGAAAUCAUGCAUUACGCGCAAUAAACGAACUAUUCUGUAGGUUGCGCUGAUGUCCAGAGUUAACUGCUAUGGUUGGCCGUUUGUUACAACAUUCAGGAUUCCUUCCAUUCCAUUCCAUUCCCUUACAUUCCAUUCCGGCCAGUGGUCAUAAAACUGAUUAGUAAUGAUUUAUGCAACGGAAGGCUGGAGUACCCUCCUUAGUGAAAUAAUUAAGCACCUGUCUUCAAAUUUUCGGAGCAAGCCAAUGUUAAGCUAAACCGGAAUAAACUCUGGCGAAUCGAAGUGAGCCGUGUUUUCUAUCACUGAGCAUUGUAAAACGAAGAAAAAAGUUCUUGUUGAUUUAAUAAAUGCCGAAUGCUACAGUGUUUUUGAAAACUGGUUACAUUAAUGUAGCGACGUUUUCGUUUGAUAAACACGAAAAUUUUCAUUGGGAUUGCUUAAACUCCUCUGGAAGUUCAGACGCGUUUUAGUCGAGUUCAGGGAGUUUUUCAAGCCGAUUAUCUAGUAAGCUUUUGUCGUCAUAUUUUGGUUCUUUCACUAAGCAUGAACUUGAAAAAGAAGAAGAUAUCCACAAAAUGAGUUUUUAACACAUGCUUGUAAAAUACAAAUAAUAUUUUUUGAUGUGUCUAUUUUCAAAAACCAAUCAACCUAUUAAAACCUUUCUUCGUGGGAGGUAAAUUUUUUCUAGAGGUUUUUGAGCUGCAUCAAGCACCAGCUAUGUGAGAACAUAGCCUUAGGCUAAGGUUACACUAUACCGGAUAUCUGCACCGGCACGAAAUUCAUACUGGAUACUAUGCUUCUGUUCACACACAACGGAACAGUAACUAUUUGGGUGCGAUUUCUGUAACGGAGCGAGUACAAGCGAGGCUGUGCCGCGCCGAUCUCUGAAGUGGAUAGCUUUUCGUGUCGGCAAGAAAACUGAGAAAUUUUAGCUAUCCGGUAGUCUUCAUUGAAGAUUAAUUUUCUGCUUUAAGGGACCCCAUGUAUGUGCUAAGCGCUAUUUUUUUUAAUUAACAUUUUCAUUCAUUAAGUUUCUAACAGUUAGUUUCCAAACAUGACUGAUGUCUAGUUAAUUAUUAACUAAAUUUUCACCGAGAGAACUAGUAGCUUCCUCUCUAAUUAGAAAGAUUAAAAUUUGAGUAACUAGUGCAAAGUCUCCAAAACAACCUAAAAUGGCCAUAUUCGUAUUUUUUCUAACAAGCUUUUCAGGAAAAGCAGCCCUUACCUUUAAUUUUAAUGAACAGAUCAUUGAAAUAUCCUUCUUGAAUUACACGCCAAGUUAACUUAUACGCCAACUUAAACAUAAAUUAGCGAGAGAAAACAAACUUUAAACCUUGGGUAACUGGGAUAAAAAGUUCGAGAAGACCAUAGUAACCCUUAAAGUGUUUUGUUUUUCAUGACCCGACCGACGUUAUUGUUGGGAAAAUUAGAAAAAAAAAAUAAAAGAAAAUAAUAUACGUAUUAUAAUCCACCAGCAUAGCUUCUCUUAAUCCGUUUGAACUUAGACGUAGUUAACUUUAUUUUCAAAUAUAAUCCAUUCUUACCCGGUAUUAAAAAAAACUUCGGCAUCACAUUUUCUCGAAAAUGUGGUGAUAAGAAAGUUCAUGAUGUAUGUAUGUAUGUAUGUAUGUAAAUCUUUAUUUAAACACGGGAAAUCAUCAGUUAAGCUUAAGUUAAAAACUAAAACUAAUUACAACUGCUUUACAUGAUUGCCGUGUGGGAAUCCGAUAUAUCAGCUACCUUCUUGAUAUUUCGCUUAAAAUGCUCAACGGAUGCAGCGUUUUUUAAGUUUUUGGGCAAGUUAUUCCAUAACAUGGCCCCGCUGUAAGAGAAGCUUCGCUUCAAAUAAUUGGUGCUUGGUUUGGACAAGGUCAGCCUUCCCUCAGAGUUUCUUAAGUUGUAAGCAGAUUGACGCUGAGAGAAAAGACUUUGCAGAUAUUCUGGAGCAAGGCCAUUCAUGGUUUUAUACAUCAUUACGGCUUUUUGUUUCUUUCGUCGAAGAGAUAGCCUCUCCCAGCUAAGGGUGGAGAGAAGGUGGUUUGAGCUCGCAUCAAAGGGUGAUUUAGUAAUAACUCUGGCUGCACGAUUCUGUAAUUUUUGGAGCUUAUCACUCAAGUAACCACUCAAACAGUCCCAGACGGGGCUGCAGUAAUCAAAAUGAGGCAUAAUUAAAGCGUUAUAAAUUUGAAUUGCAGUUUCUUUGGAUAUAAAGGGCCGCACACGUUUUAGGGCGCCUAUAGCUGAAGAGACUUUCUUGCAAAUCUCUUCAACGUGUUUACCCCAAGAGAGUUGAGCAUCUAUGGUAAGACCCAAGGAUUUGGUAUGAUCGACUCUCUUAAUAAUUUGGUCAUCAAUUCUGAUUUCUACAUCGUCACAUUGGGCAGAUAGUCUUUGUCUUGAUCCAAUAAUCAUUAGCUCUGUUUUAGCAACAUUUAGACUGAGCUUGUUAGCUUUCAGCCAACAGCUAAGGUUAUUUAAUUCAGGGGUUAGAGCUAGCUUAAGCUCUGUUAACGUCUUAGCAGAUAACGUAAGGUUGGUGUCGUCGGCAAACAUUCUGCAGUGCGGAGCGCAAAGAAGUAAUCGAGGAGUGAAGAACUCUUACAGUAACAUCUCAUUGAGUGGGAGCUCAGAAUCUCUCUUCUUCUGUACAUGGUAAAAUACGAAAUAAAUGAAAACAAAAGGAUAAGAUAAUAAAAAGUGAUAAGCUAACAUUUAUCGGCAGUAGAUUUGUUUUGUUUGUCUGUUUGUUUUUUUUUUUUACUUAGAGGGAAUCCUACAAUUGUAAACAUUUUGAACAAUAUAAAAAUUCAGAAUGUAUGCUAUUAAAUAAUUAAAAACUAUUCAACAAAGGUCGACGUCAAGACGUUUAACUGAUGACUAAUAAGCCCUGAUGACAUUUUCUGCUUGUGCAUGAAAACUGUCCGAUCGCAAUCGGGAGCGGUUCAUUCCCAGCCAAGGCCUUGGCAUGGCAGAUCGUUUAGCUGUGUCAGCGCUCUUGCUGGUUUGUGUUGUUUGGGGAGCUUGGCUAAACUAUGUUGCAACUGCUCGCGUUAAUGAAGGUGAGGUACAGAUUAACUAUUUUUCAGGCUUUUUCUUCGCCGAACUACAUCUGAUUCAGUACGUUGUUUUGCUCAGUUGCGGCUUUAGCUGCGAAGAUGUUCUUUAAAAUUAUUUCAGCUAUUAUAUACUCAGAAGACCUUGAGGGGUCUUAAUUUGUCAUGAAAUAUUUCAGUCGCUGUAGGCCAGACCUAUUAAAAAUUGCCGAAGAUUUUGUCAGUCCGCGUCGACCAAUCCAGGGCAACAACGGUUUCCUCCUAAAUGCAUUGAAAACACUUCUUAGGCUAUCCAGAGUACUUUUAGAUCUCUAGAAAUGCAUUUUAAGCGGGGCUAUGGUCAUCCUAGGGUAACUUGAGUCUUUUCGAAACUACAAGUCAUUACAAAGGCUUCAGUAUUAUUUUCCCGCAAAUUUUAGACGCAUUUUAAAGUAUUUCGAAAGUGAGAAUUUUUUUCAUUAUUCUCUCCAUCGCAUUUUCGCAUUUUAAACUUUAGAAUUGAAAAUCCGAGAAUGGAACGGUCAUCUAACAAUGUUUAGCCUUCCUCAAGCUAUAGGAAAUUCUAGGCAAUAUUUGCUUCUCCGAACAGAUAUUUUGCGGAAAAUAGUUGUUGGGUGUCCCUGACCAACCGUUACCUGAACCGAGAGCCGCUCGAGUUGUACAACCUAAGUAUACAUGUUACGAAUGCGAAUUUUUUUCAGCCGGGCUUAACGGAGAUUUCGCCAUCUUGGGAAAAACUUUUACAAUCAUCGUGUUGAAACACUUGCCGUUUGAAUAACGCUUCGCCAGUGGCCUACUAUAAGUGAGGCUAUGAUCUAAGUUGCCCAGUGGUUUUAUAAGUGAACGUGAUCUGAAAGCGACUGAGCCGGGCUCGACUGUCUGAUCGCAUUAAAUGUGGUGGAGUUUCCCAAGCCCCAAAGUGUUCAUGAAAACUGGACCCGUAAAAUUAAUUGGAAACUUUCUCUUUAUUUGCAAUGCCUUACAGUUUAGCAAAACGUACUUGGAUAGCACCAUAUGGAUAGUUCGAUAUAAGUAGCUCACGCACACUGCUAUGGCCACUUUCUGUUAAAAGUUUAUAGAAAGGAGAAGUCGUUACGUCACGUUGCCAUGGUAGCAAAAGUUUUGGAUGACAACAAGCCGAAAAAGUCACUUAAAAGUCUAUUCGCACUAUUUCAAACUUCACCGAUCUUAUUCAAUUUCAUUUAAUUUGGCAAAUUAUGGCGAAAUUUUCUUUGGGACCAUAUCUAACGUUAUCUAAGUUUAGAAAAUGAAAGGGACAAUUUUUGUGUUGUGUUCACCUACUCCAUAAAUCGAGCUCGUGAAAUUAGCUUAAGGAAGUUUCGUGUCGUAGUGGUGCAACGACGGCAAAGAAAUGUUCAAAAUGGUGUGUUGUACGUGCAAGUUGUUGUUUGUAAAUAUAGACAUAUCAUAUUUUGCCGAACUCCUUGCCGUCGUCGUCGUUGGUUUUGUUGUCAUCCAGAAAUAGUGCUACCAUGAUAACGUGACGUCACACUUCUCCUCUCUAUUGAGAAUCAAAUUCAAGUACCGUGCACUGAGUGAGAAGUGGCCGCAUUUUCCAUAAAACAAAGUAAAUAAAUACGCUUGCACCAGCCAUGCUUUACGCGAAAUUGUACUUUCAUGGAAGUGUGGUGGCUUUUUCUACUGAAACCGGUCGAACACUAGCACUUCAAAUGUAGCUGAAAUUUGAACCUUUUAGGACUUUCCGUGAUGUGAUUGAUAUGCUCACCUUUUUUCUAUAUUGUUCUUUUUCACCUAGUUGUCAAAAAUGACUAACGAUCAGCUUUACAUGCACUGCUGAAGAAACUUUUGUGUUAAACUAGACGUUGUCUUCAGCUGUCAAGGGUUAGAGUACGACGAAUAUGCUCUACCAAUUUAAAAAUUAAAAUAGUAGGUCACAACAGUACCAAUCGUUUCUGUUUUUUUUUCGUUAGUCAUUGUAAAACAGAGAAAAAUUCCCUGUUAAUUCAAUAAAUGCAUCAGUCAAUUGAGACCGCGGCCCUCCGACCCCAGCGACUUGGCAGGGAAUUUAACAUUGACAGCGUGUUAAAACACCUCUAACUUUCCGUCUCCCCGGGCCAAACAGUUUCAUUGUUAAAAGCCCCGUAUAGCAGGGCACUAGUAGGUCAUUAACAAAAAACAUGAUUGAGUUCGGAUUAAACAGUAUUUGCUGGUCUCAACUGUACUUGUUCCUAAAUUCAACCAUAUUUUUAACUAUUUACCAACGGCAGUGAAAUUGGACCUCUUUAUAUGACCUUCAUUCAAAUUCAAUCAUAGUGUGCGUACAUCGGGCCGAGGCACACUAGGGAGGGAAAGUCCAGGGUAAAAAAAUAUACCUUUCAGACCUGAAACAGUGCCAUGGAACUAAUUCUGCCUAUUUUAUAAAUGGCUUCUGGGUAUCCCCUGGCCACCUUCCUUCACGAGAGGUGCACAGCAAAUCGGAGCCGUGCGAUGUUUACAUGGUGAUGUGCAUGUCCAAAUGUUGUUGCCUUUAUUUGAACAGUUACUGAGUUUACACCUCCCUAACAGAACACUCCAUAUCACACUCAGCAACGUUUAAAAAUACAAUGAUAGAGCUUAUGGUUUUCCUCAGUGCUUCAUGAACUGCUGUUACUAGGCUUUGUAGAUCAGUUGGACAAAAACAUAUUAGUGCAGUGUCAUUGGCAGGUAUGUUAUUAAUAAUUACUGCAUUUUCACCGCACUCAGCUUCUUGCAAAGGAGAUCGAAAUUGAGUGUCAUUGGCAGGUAUCUUAUCAAUAAUUACUGCAUUUUUGGCUUCGUUUAUUCGAACCUUGUUCGAGUACCCGUUUUUGCAAUUCAAUGUAAUUUAUAGUCGGUCAUUGAAUUCUUUCUUAACUAUAUUAAUUUAUGUUUCAGGAAAUUGCGGUCAAAACAACCGACGCAUCACAUUUCUGACACCAGUCAGAGGUUUCUACCUUGAAGGACACGUGAUUUCAAAUCAUUCCGUGGAACCAAACCUAGAUUGCCAAGACCAAUGCGCCCUUGCGAGGGAAUGUGUUUCAUAUAAUAUUGGUCCAACGAUCAACAACAAGUUGACCUGUGAACUCAGUAAUUCAGAUCACUUGCAGCACCCAGAAGAUCUCAAACCAAGAAAAGACUGGAUCUACAGAGGCACACAGGUACAUGUAGAACGUACAAUGGCUCAACCCAACUUUAAGAAUUCACUAUCACUAUGUAGUAAAGAUUUGCUUGAAUUUUAUUUUAAAACGGUAUUAGUUAUAAAGUUAAUGGGUCUACUGGAGAUGCAUGCAAUAUAGGUUGGUUCACACUAGCCGUUAUACCCAUGUGUAAAUGCCUGUUAACCACGGGGAAGCAACUUUUUUGGUGUCCUAUUUUCCCAAAAUGAAAUUAUUGCUGGGAAAAUUUCCAUGCGUACAUCAAAAGAACAGAAGAUGAUGAUAACAAACUAAGAUGUUGAUGUUUCCAUACAUUUCUUUUAAAUUAGAAUCCUUGCGCCACGAACCCCUGUCUGAACCACGGGACAUGCUACAUGGGAUAUACUGAGAAAAAAUACGUUUGUGUUUGCCCAUCUGACUUUAGAGGUGAAAACUGCGAAGGUAAGUCGUGUUCUGCUAAAUUCAGUACAACCUUGUAUUUGCUAAAAUUCUCUUAUUUAUAACAAGGGUUUAUGACACAUAAUUAAGUAUCAUGAUCAGUGAACCGAUGCAAGAAGAUCCUCCGGGUCGACAAUGGAGUGUUGCAGAAAAUGCAAUUAAUUUCAAGACGCUGUUAAAGUCUUUUUGUUGUGUGUUUUUUUUUGGGGUUAAAAACUUGCAGGAGAGCGUGCUAUUCGUAAUUUUUUGUUGCCACUUUCUUGACUUCCAACAUUCGGGGUGGAACCCCCCUCUACGGACACCCAUAUAUUCGGACAGUUUCGUUUGUCGUAACCAAUCAAAUCAGCACCAAUCCCAAACUUCCAAUGCCUCCCCGCGGGGUAGUGCCUAAGAAAGAUGGCAUCUGGUGCCUUAUCACUGAUAUCUCUUAUCUCCACGGUUUUUCAAUUAAUUAUUACAUAACUAAGGAAGCCUUCACAUUGCACUACGCUACCUUCCACUAAGCUCUCUCUCUAGUUGCACGUCACAGCCCUCAUAGUAAAACUAAACAUCAAACACGCCUUCUGAUAUGACACUGCCCAGUCUGCCCGGAGAACCGCGAGCUACUCGGCAUCCACUGGCAGGGCAACUUUUACAUUCUCCGCCUCCCCUUUGGCUUGCGAUCCCAUUCCUUGCUCCUUCUUCUUUAAUCACUUGGCCGACGCCUUUGAGUGGCUCCUGAAGAACAACUAUCACAUUCAAGACCUGAUGCAUGAAAUGGAUAACUAUUUUAUGGUUGGUUCUCCCAAUUCUUCAUGUGCACCCACAAUGUGGAAACCAUCCCUGGUGUAGCUUCUCAAGUGGGCAUACCCUUGACCCCAGACAAACUUGUAGGACCCACCACCCGCGUGGUUUUUCUAAGUAUCUUCACCUUUCUUGCUGAAUCGUAAUUUUUCCCCCCGAUCAGCAAUAUCAUCUCCAUAAUUAUAGGUCUCAAAACAGCUCUAUAUUGCACAGAAACAAUUCCAAAGAUUUCUCAAAGAUUCAUGUGUACAUCUAACCUGAAUUUAUCGAGAAAAGCUCAGAUCGUUAGCUCAUAAAACCGGACCAUUCACCCAAAGAUUUCAAAAAAAGCCAAUCACAUGUUACGCGGAUACUUUAAUACAUUCUCAAAAGUCUCCAGGGCGUUUUUCCAGUUCGCUAAGAUCCGCAUUAGAAUCAGAAUGUUCUUCGCCCCGGUUUGCCAUUUUGACAAAAAUAAUGGUAAAGUCAUCUUCAUCCGUCUGACAGUUUACAAUUCUAUGCGGUGUACCGGGCAUAUUGAAUAAUGAGGCACUCGCAUGUUGUGAAAGUUAUCAGUCUAAAAUUAUCAGUUAAUUAUCAGUCUAAAAUUGGACACUUUCUCUCUGUAGUUGGGUUAUUAUGCAGCGAUUUAAUAAUUAAUAAUUUAAUAAUUGCUAAUUAAUGGCUUGUGUAUAUAACUCUGUCUAUAUUGCAAUAUCUGUACCGCCUCUAUCUAUCCUUUCAAAGAUUUUUACUCAACACUUCAAUUUCCGACAGUUAACAAUUUUUAUGCGUAGCACACGACAUCUUGAAUAAUGAAGCACAGCGUUUCUUAAACAAUGACUGAAAUAAAUAACCUAGAACUUUUUCUCUGCUUAGCAGCUGCAUUCUUAUCGUGCAGCCAUUUAAAGAAGGCACACCCUACAGCAACAAGUGGAAAUUACACUAUUGACUCAGAUGGCGAGAGAGAUCUGGAGCCAUUCUCAGUGUACUGUGACAUGACCAACAAGAACGGAGUUGGUGUGACAGUCGUAAGUCACGACAGUGAGAGCAGGACUACUGUGGAUGGAUACGAAGAUAAAGGUAGUUACUCACGUGAUAUUAAUUACACAGGAGCAAAUCUAUCUCAGCUGGCCAGUCUCGCCAAUGUCUCCUCACACUGCGAGCAGUUUAUCAAGUACGAGUGUCGCAAGGCAGUUUUUUGGUUUGAAGGCGAUCCAGAUGGAUGGUGGGUGUCACGUGAUUCUACUAAGAUGACCUACUGGGGUGGAGCAUCACCUGGAAGUGGCAAGUGUGCAUGCGGAAUGAACAACACUUGCGCAAAUCCCAACAAAGGCUGCAACUGUGAUGCCAAUGACGAUGUAUGGCGUGAAGACAGCGGUCUCCUCACUGACAAGACAAAGCUUCCAGUAAAACAGCUCAGGUUUGGUGAUACAGGUGGAAGUGAUGAGAAAGCCUACCACACUCUUGGAAAAUUCAACUGCUAUGGCACAGCAUAAUCACUUGGGUAUCAUACAGACAAACUUAUCGGUUAAUGUCAUAAUUUAUUGUUUUUUAGUGGAGUGUGAAAAGAAGUCUGUAAAUACAAGCACCUGCAGCUUAGGGUCAAUUAAAAAAAAAAUCUUACCAAUGUAAUGUACGAGUUUUCAGACUCUAAAGCAAUACCUACACUGUACUCUUAGCAAAUGAUCGCUAAAAUACACUCAGGUUUCACCGUAGAAAACAUUGGAUUGUAUUUAUAACGGAAAAAAACAAUCAAUAUUAUUAGCACUCUAAUAAGCAGCAAAGCUACGGUACUGUUGCAAUACGGUAUUGCAUAUUCAAUUAGCCGACGAUUGUUCAGAUCGUUUUUCCCAAUACGGACCAUUCUUUGUUCAUAUCGAAUUAGCUGUAGAUCGCGCUAAAAUUUAAUAUUCAUUUUGCAGUGUGUAACUUUGUAGUUAAAAAGGUUAGGACGCUGACGCUGAAUAAACUUCGCUCGUC